GUUUUGUUUCCCGCAGGUUGUGGUAGUGGUGCAUCUAUGGUGACGAACUGGAAAAUGAAAAGUAAAAACGCUACUAUAUAAUAGAUUUUUGAUGUCUUGCACAGUCUGGGCUUGAAAUUUAAAAGCAUUAGCGACAACUUGAUAUCAAUAUCAUGCCUGUUUGCUUUUCAUGUAACUAUCUCCGUGGUUCAUGCCGUUCAAAUAUCUUAAAUGAAUUUUUGGAGAGAUAUAUCAUAAUCACGCAAGUUGUUAUAGUUCUGAGUAGAUAGACCUCAGCUUGGGCCAUAGCCUAUAGGUUAAACAAAUUUACUCUCAAAUCUAUGAUAAAUUUUUAAAAUAGUUGAUACAUGGUGGAGAUGACUUCACCUGCAGCAAUGGACAAAGACAGGGAGCGCCGAGUUCGAGAGCUUGAGAGUCUCAUAACGGACCCACAUGGGGUGCUUGGGGUUGACAGCUUGUUGGACUCAGUUCAGUCGAUGGUGCUAGAUUGUGAUCACCAAGCAGUCAGGAGAAACAAGAAUAUCCAGGCCUUCCUCAACAGAUAUCGCGACCCUAUCCAGAAGGCUGCUGAGCAGCGCAUGCAGGCAGACGACUUUACAAUGGUGAAGGUCAUAGGAAGAGGGGCUUUUGGUGAAGUGCAGCUUGUUCGCCAUAAACACACAAAAAAGGUUUAUGCAAUGAAGCUGCUAAGCAAAUACGAGAUGAUAAAGAGGUCAGAGUCAGCGUUCUACUGGGAGGAGCGAGACAUCAUGGCGCACGCCAAUUCUGAGUGGAUCAUUCAGCUGCACUUUGCCUUCCAGGACGUCAAGUUCUUAUACAUGGUCAUGGAUUACAUGCCAGGUGGUGACUUAGUAAACCUAUUAUCAACGUACGAGGUGCCGGAGAAGUGGGCGAAGUUCUACUGCGCGGAGGUCGUGUUGUCACUGCAAGCUAUCCACAGCCUGGGAUUUGUUCACAGGGAUGUGAAGCCAGACAACAUGCUUCUUGAUAGCACUGGGCACCUGAAGCUUGCUGAUUUCGGCACCUGUAUGAAAAUGGACAAGGAUGGUUUGGUGCGCUCAGACACAGCAGUAGGCACGCCGGACUACAUCUCCCCCGAGGUGCUGCAGUCGCAGGGCGGCGAGGGCGUCUAUGGCUGCGAGUGCGACUGGUGGAGCGUAGGUGUGUUCCUCUACGAGAUGCUCAUCGGCGACACGCCCUUCUAUGCUGACUCUCUCGUGGGCACCUACGGCAAGAUCAUGGACCACAAGAACUCCCUCAGCUUCCCUGAGGAUGUCGAGAUCUCCAACGAAGCCAAGAGCCUCAUUAGUGGCUUCUUGACUGACAGAACGAAGAGGCUGGGCAAGAAUGGUGUAGACGAAAUCAAGCGACAUCCUUUCUUCAUUAAUGAUGCCUGGACGAUCGAUACUAUACGUCAAGCGGUGCCGCCUGUGAUCCCUGACCUCAACGGAGACGACGACACGAGCAACUUUGAGGAGGUGGAGCCUGACGACAGCCCCGAGGAGAGCUUCCCCACGGUCAAGGCAUUCGUGGGCAACCACCUUCCCUUCGUCGGCUUCACGUACUGCAAGGACUACCAAUUGCUCACAAGUUCGUUGCCAGACGAUGACACGUGCGACGCUCGAAACAAUUUGAACCGGAACGCGAACGAGUCGUCGACGGGUUCUCUGAGCAACAACAACCACAGCCUGAGCAGCUCUGCGCUGCAGAAGAAGCACCAGGACGAGAUCGAUGCUCUGAAGGCGGAGCUGGCGAAGCAGACUGCAGCCAUCGCCGACCUCGAGCAGAAGGGGAGAGCGAGUGAGCAGCAGCUGGAGGCGGCCGUGAGCAGAGAGCAGGCGGUCCUCGCAGAGAAGAGGGAGCAGGAGAGAAAAUUGGCGCUGCUCAACCAUGAGCUCAAAGAGGCAACACGAAAGGCUGAGAAUGAAGCGAGCGUGAAGCGGAAGUUGGAGCAGACGUACCAGGUGGUGCGCAGGAAGCUGGAGGACGAGCAGAACAGACGAAGCCGCGACCAACAGGCGGUGCACGCCACGGGGGACAAGCUUGCUGCGCUCGAGAAGCAGUUCAAAGAGGUGCAGUGCAAGCUGAAGGCGGAGAACGAGAGCUCAGGCAAACUGCGCAAGAGCAACGCUGAGCUGAGCGUCGCGGUGAAGCGACAAGAAGCUGUUGUUGCUGAGAACGCGCAGAAACUGGCAGCUGCUACGGCUGCUCGUGACGCCCUAGAGCGCGACGUGCUGAAGCUGACAGGGGAGCUGGAGAAGCUGCGUGUGGGGCAGCGCCAGCAGAGCGAACUCCUCGAGAAGACGGAGAAACGCAACCGCGUCCUGCAGGCCAAGCUGGACGAAUCCGUGGCGCGAGAAAGCUUGCUACAGCAAGAGUCGGACCGAUUAAACCAGCGCCUAAACCACCUCGAGAAACAGAAAACCUCCCUGGAAAUAGAGCUCAAGGCUGCCAGCAAUCAGUACGACCAGGAAGUGAAGGCCCUACGUGAGUCUGCAGCCACGGCGGAAGCUGCAGCAGCAGCGACACGCAUGUCCUCGGAGGGCACUGAGUCGCCCCUGGUGAACAACAACAGGGCGGGUAGCGUAAGCCCUCUGCACACUGAGCACAGCUCCCAAGCUCUGGCGGCUCUGCAGGAGCGCUUGUCUUCUGAAAAGACCAAGCGCAAGGCUGCAGAGUCUUCAGCUCAAGAGAAAGAGCGCCAGAUGUCACUGCUCAACGUUGACUACCGACAGCUGCAGACUCAACUCGCUAAAGUUGAAGCUGACAAACGUCAGGAAAUCGAGAAAGUCAAAGGGCUCCAAAAACAGAUAGAACUUGAGCACGAUAAACGCAACAAGCUGCUUCUGGAUUUACAAGCUGCCCAUUCUGAGCUAUCGGUGUCGCGGUCUCGAGAAGAGCUGGUGCAGCGUCAGGUGGUGUCAGCAGAGAAGGCGCGCGUCGCUCUCGAGGAGGAACUUCACAAGCUGCGUACGGGCAUGAGCGUCGACGCCGUGCAGAUGAAGGAGCUGCAGGACUCCCUCGAGACCGAGUCGCAGUUCACUUCUCUUUAUAAAACACAAGUUAAGGAACUUAAGGAAGAGAUCGACGACAAGAGCCGCGUCAUUGCUGAUCUGGAGAAGGAUAUCGCCAAGUAUCAAGAUGAGGUGGCGAACAGCAACAGCAGAGUGGACAGUGAAGUGAACUUGCGGCAGAACGCUGAAGAAAGAAUUGCUGAGCUUGAGAAGGAGAGAACAAUGAGGGAACUCGAGGUGCAGGAGCUCAUGAGUAAACAUUCUGUUGAGCUCUCCAAGUUGAAGGCAUCACUCGCCGCGACACAAGAGCUCGAGAACGAACUGCAAAGGUCCCUAGAACUGCACAAGCACGAGCUCGACGAAGCUAAUUCAACUCUACAGAACAAAAUACUCGAGCUGAGCUCGAAAGAAGAGCAGUUCAACAGCGACACAGAGAAGCUACAGAAGCAGCUGGAACAAGAGAAGCUCCUGAAGUUCCAGGCCGUCAACAAGCUUGCUGAGGUCAUGGCGAGGAAAGACACGGCGCUCAAUAACAAAAAGAGUGGCGGCAACAAAGAAUCCUGGACUACAAAUCUUAAAAAACGCGACAAGGAAUACAGAAAACUCAACAUGGAUCUGCAGACAGAACGUGAGAAGUUCAACGCUGCGAUGUCGAAGCACCAGAAGGAGCUGCAGGAGCAGGCAGGCCUGCUGUCGGAAGAGUCGUCGGCGAGGCUGCGGCUACAGAUGGAAGUGGACGCUAAGGACAGCGAGAUCGAGAUGCUGCACAAGCGUCUCGCCUCCCUUACUGCUGAUACUGUCAGCGUCAUCAGCGUCGGCGAGAACGACCACGACGACAACGACCGACGACUGGAAGGCUGGUUGUCGUUGCCAAACAAACAGAACAUCCGUAAGCACGGCUGGAAGAAGCAAUAUGUUGUGGUGUCCUCACGGAAGAUAAUUUUUUACAACUCUGAAAAUGAUAAACUCAACUCAGACCCCGUCCUCAUACUGGACUUGUCGAAGCUGUUCCAUGUACGCUCUGUCACCCAGGGUGACGUCAUCCGAGCUGAUGCUAAGGAUAUCCCCAGAAUAUUCCAGCUUCUAUACGCUGGCGAAGGCGAGAGCCGCAAGCCUGGAGCUGAUGGAACCAACCCUCUGGACGUGUCGGCCGUCGGUGCUGCUGCUGCGAGCACGGCUGUCGGAAAUAUCCUUCACAAAGGGCACGAGUUUUGCCCUCUCACGUACCAUAUGCCCACCACCUGCGAGAUGUGCCCCAGGAACCUGUCGGCUGUUUUUAAACCGCCCCCAGCACUCGAGUGCCGACGAUGCCGUACCAAAAUCCACCGAGAGCACUUCGAUAAGGGGGAGAACAUCGCCUGGUGUAAAGUCACUAACGACACACACACUGCCAAGGAAAUGCUCCUCUUAGCACCUACCGUCGAGCAGCAGAAGGACUGGGUGCUGAGGCUCUCCAAGACCAUCGCCAAGUCAGGCUAUAAGGCCAACAACGCUGCAGCUCCAGAUGGCGCUAGAAUAUCACCCAGAGAAUCAACUCGCCUGAACUACAAGCCGUACAUGCCCCAGAAAGCUGCGACGCUUCCUCCUAAUUCUAAUUUACCGAAGAAAUGACCGCGCUACCUCGCUUGACGACCUCGGGCCAGCCGGCAUGAAAAACCCUCGUCUGUAGGCAUUCCUUUGGGAUCAUUCAAACGCUUGUUCAAAGCAAACAUUAUAUCUAAUCUACCAAGUCUUAAAUCAGACAUUCUUCUAAGGAAAAAUAUUGUAUUGUAUCCAACCGUACCGACUGUGAGUAGCAUGUAUUUUCAUUCUUUGGCCGAUGAAAACUACGGCAUUCCAGGUUCUUUAAGUGAACCAAUAAUGAAUGGAGUAACAUUCUACACGAAAUUCUGUAAGGGUUCGGACACAAAGAAAAACUCGUGUCUUGACUCAUCCCAAAUAUGUGAACAAGUCUGUGGUCUUGCACUGAGCUGCUCAGACUUGGCGUUCACACGAAAUUGUCCCACUCCUCCAGUUUUUGCUGUAAAUAAUUCAUUGUUACGGCCUGACUGCUUUUACUGUUCAAGUAUCAGCAGCCUCGCCGAGAAAUAUUCUUCCAUGAAGAAGAUAAGGAAGAAGCCCUGGUAUGUUUGCUGUUGAAGUUUGCGCCAGUGUCUAUAGCUUGUCUUGUGCAAGGCCUCGUUACGUCCCUCAGAAAGCGUCUUCCAAACAACUCGUGUUUGAAAUAUAUGGAGGAUAUACUGUGAUCGUUUACUAUGCAAACUUCAAUUGUAUUCUUUAUUGAAAUUUGUUGUGUCAGUAGGUUAUGUGCUUCUGUGACUAAAUUAAUCAAUAUAAUUUUGACUUAGAAUAUCAUAGAUUCUUUUUACAACUCGGGGGUUUCUUAUAAACCUGAUGUCUUACUUAUGGUAUAAUUAGAAGAAAAAUAUCUGUGGCUCACCUGUGAAUGUGCCCAAUCAUACAAUUGAAACACAUGCAAUGCUGAUUCUGUGAAAUUUCUAUUUCUGACGAAGGAGAUCAUGGAUAUAAGAGAGCUUAUUUGGGAACAAAUUUCCAUAAGAACGCAUUUUUCAGACACCAAUGAUACAAAUGAUUUAAAAAGUAUUUGGUUGUAAACUGAAGAGCACGUUAAUUUCUUUAGGCGUUCUCGAGAUUAUUAUCGUUGGGCUUCUUUAUACCAUUGAAUAGUUAGGUUUGGAGAAAUUGAUAAUUUCAUUUGAAGCUGUUGUUCAGGUCUUUAGGAAAUAUUGAUUGCCGUUUUUUGUGUGAAAUUUGACGAAAAUGCUCAUGAAGUACGGCAGUUUGCAUUACCACUGAGGCCACGUUAAAAAGACCUUUAAUAAUUUAAAUGUUGUGUAAAUUAACGUACCCUUGUUUCCGACUCGGUGAAAAGGGUGAUUUCUUUCAAAAUUAUUGACUAUGUAGUUGAUCACCUCUUGUAGUAUUGUGACCGACAAUACGACUCUUUGUCUGUACAAGUUUGAAAUUAGAAAAUAUUUUCGCAAGUACAUAAAACUUCAAAUAUCUCGCUUCCCGCGCUUUGCGUUUGUUUUCUACGUGUAAAUCAUUGGCUUUUUUUCUUACAGUUAGCAGCUUGUAUCUUCCCACUGGCGAAAUAAUUGAUUUUAUUUGCAAUUUACGAGAUUCAAACGCACUUGACCUGCAAUAACUUUGAAUUUGUCUUCCUGAGUUAGCAUGCAUUGAUUUAAGUUAGCAAAAAGUAUGAUACUAACAGAAAUAAAGCUAUCUAGCCGUAUUAUUUCGUGUGGGACCAGGGCUUAGUUGUUUCCGUUCCGUUGAUGUAAGUUGUCCAUUGAUGCAAUUUGACGCAAUAAUAAAAAUCUGGCGGCUAGGUCAUAAAAUUCUUCUCCAAAAUUUAUUACGAAAUAGCUUCAUUGGUACCGUUCUUCUAGGAAUAAUUUUCUUUGGGUAGAAAAUUUUACAUUUAAUUAGAUGGCACUCGAUCUCCAAAUGUAAAGCACGCUUGCUAUCUUCUCUCUCGCCUCAUUACCAAUAUCUGGAUUGUUCUCAUUACUCGCAACUCGAUGGAAUUGAUAUUUUUCAAAGUAUUAGAAUUUGGAUCUGACUAAUGUAAAUGUUAUUUCUCCGAGUAAUCGUAUUUGUUGAAGUUGGGACUAUUUGUACAUUAUUAUGCAAUACAUAGAAAUGCAUUUCUCAGAAAUCAAACUCAAAGUCUUCAAAAUAUCCUCGGGUAAAAAUGAGCGGGAAUCUUUGCUAGACAAGCAAUGGGACAGCCAAGAAACAGGGUCGCGUAUUGACCAAUUGACAACAGCGACUGUAUCGUUACCAUGAGUUACAUAGGGAGUUUCUUUACGUCUUGUUAACCUUAACUCUUCCGCGUGCUCUGUAGUGAAAUAUAUCAUUUUUUCUGCGCCUAUUCGCGCGUGCUAACCAUAUUAUUUUUCUACCUUUUGUCAUGUGAAAAUUAUUUGCAUAAAAUUAUUUAAUUGUCGUGCCCGCCGCUCUCCACACAUUAAGGACUCAGAACAAUAAUGACUUGUGUAUAAAUUAAUGGUUAUUUAAAAGUGAACCUAACAUUCCUGUGGCAUUACGCUCCCAUUUCAUAAGAUACGAUUCCAAAUAUCAGCCGAUUUUCUCUGUAAGGAUUAUUGCGUCCGGUUAUCGAAGUCAAUUCUACUUCAAUUUUGACCAUUUAAUGAUUUCCUAUCCAUAUCGGUUCCUGGCACGCUGUGGACCGACCGAAUUUAUAUUUUAUUAUAUAUUUGGUAUUUUUAAUUGCGUUGGAGCCUGUUCAUGUAUAAUUUUAUAUCAUAUAUUCCGCUAGUCUUACUCUGGUAUUGAAUGUAAAAAUUAUUUUUUAAGGAUUAUCUUCAGUUCUUUUCCUGGACUAAACGUCAUCGCCUCGACGCUUUAUUCCUAAAGUUUUAUAUCAGCACUGUAAAUAUUCAUGCUAAUGCACGCUUCUCAUGACCAUGUCGAUGGCCUCGUAGUCGACGAGUGCAGGAAUUGGUUGCUGCUCUUCAGUGUUGAAUUUCGCUCCUUCGCUGUAAUUGUUUACUAUUGCUGCGCCUACGGACUUUGAUGUCCCUUGAUUUAUAUGCUCGUAAUUUUAAGAUUUAUUAUAACUGAUUGUUAAUAAUGCUUAGCUGUAAGGUAAUUUUCUGUGGCCUUGUAUAGUUAGAUCGCUCCAUUCCGUCUACCGAUUCCAAAAUGCUCCUAUAGACAAUAUGCUAUUGAUAAUUUAAUAGUAGCCUUUAUAGCAUAAUUCGGCUAAGUUUAAGCAAGACACCUCCACCUUGAUUGUGAAAAGAUUUACCUGACGACCUCUUGAUACCAUAGAAAUAAAUUUAAAUAGACAUGUAGGGAGCAUAGCGCUCCCCUUGCUGAGAAGAAUUUAUUUUUAUAGAUUUACAGCUACUCUUUACAUCAAACUGAAUGAAAUAUCAGCACUGUAAACAGUUUAAUCAAGGUUUGAAUUUUUGUUCUAAAAUUCAUAGAUUCAUGAUCCGAUAUUUCAACUUGUAUUGUUCGCUUAGGUAAUUGAAUUAUUAUUUCCCAAUAUGAAAGUUAUAAAUUGCGGGAGUUCAACACUUCCGCAAAGCAACUUUCCACAUUUCCCGCAGUCGUGAGACUUAAGUGCCAUUCCCAAGUCGCCUGGGCGACAAUCGUGUGUCUGGUACCAUAGCAUUGAAGGCCAGAAACACUCGCAUGCUUAAUAGAUCACGCGCUCAGAGCUGCACUUAUGAACAGAAGACUGGAGUCACGAAUACGGUCAUUGUCUCAUCACUGUGCCAAGUCAAUCCAAUUAUUGCUUUGGAAACAGGUUAAGAUCUCUGCUCUUCGCAUUAAGUUUCAACAUGUAAGACUCGAGCGCAAUACUCUCUGGUCAUAUGGAUGCGAUCACUUGAAAUGCGAGAAAUGGGUUCAAAUAAAGUGCCACGCCAUUCUAGAGGUAGCCGAUCCUCUACUAUUGUACCAGUAGUGUUUAUUUUAGACAAAUAUUAACUAUUAUUAAGUCCUAUUGUACGACGAUUUGCUGGCAACCUUAAAUUGGAUAUACAGCGAUUUCCAUUUUAAUUCAUUGUAAUAUCAACGAUGUGAACGUGAA